CAUGCGUCUUUCUUCGGGAAAAUGGCUGCUAUGUACAUGAUGCGAAACUGAAUGGACGGAAAACAGACCAAAAUUCCUAAAAUUCCCCCCUUUUCCCUCCUCUACAUCCCGCUCCGCAUUCAUGCACAUGCGUUUACGUUAAAACGAACCCGAUUUUAACCUAGUGUGAAGAACUAGGAUGAUAAUAUGACCCAGAAAAAGAAGAAGCGAGUGAAUCGCAGUUUGUUACUGGCGAAGAAAAUCAUCAUCAAGGAUGGAGGAACGCCUCAGGGCUUUGGCUCCCCCAGCGUUUAUCAUGCCGUUAUCGUCAUAUUUCUGGAGUUCUUCGCUUGGGGUUUGCUGACAGCACCUACUUUGGGAGCUCUUCAUGAAACAUUCCCGAAACACACGUUUCUCAUGAAUGGCUUGAUUCAGGGAGUUAAGGGUCUGCUGUCGUUUCUAAGCGCUCCUCUGAUUGGUGCUCUGUCAGACGUAUGGGGAAGGAAGUCCUUUCUCUUACUCACGGUGUUCUUCACGUGUGCUCCAAUUCCUUUAAUGAAGAUCAGCCCAUGGUGGUACUUUGCCGUUAUCUCUGUAUCUGGAGUGUUUGCCGUUACCUUCUCUGUUAUAUUCGCCUAUGUGGCCGACAUCACUCAAGAGCAUGAGCGCAGUAUGGCUUACGGCAUGGUCUCUGCCACGUUUGCGGCGAGUCUCGUGAUCAGCCCAGCUAUCGGCGCGUAUCUGAGUCAGGUUUAUGGAGACACUCUGGUGGUGGUUCUGGCUUCUGCCAUCGCUAUGCUGGACAUCUGCUUUAUCCUGGUGGCCGUGCCCGAGUCACUUCCAGAAAAGAUGAGGCCGGCGUCUUGGGGCGCCCCCAUCUCUUGGGAACAAGCUGACCCCUUUGCUUCUCUAAGGAAGGUGGGUCAAGACUCGACGGUUCUGCUCAUCUGUAUAACAGUGUUCCUGUCGUAUCUGCCUGAAGCUGGACAAUACUCUAGCUUCUUCCUGUAUCUGCAACAGAUAAUGGGAUUUUCACCUGAAAGUGUUGCAGCUUUCAUCGCUGUUCUAGGAUUGCUGUCUAUUGUUGCACAGACUGUAGUGUUAAGUUUACUCAUGCGUUCCAUCGGGAACAAGAAUACAAUUUUGCUGGGCCUGGGAUUUCAGAUUCUGCAACUCGCCUGGUAUGGGUUCGGAUCUGAGCCAUGGAUGAUGUGGGCAGCUGGAGCCGUUGCCGCCAUGUCUAGUAUCACUUUCCCUGCUGUAAGUGCCCUGAUUUCCCGCACAGCCGAUCCAGAUCAGCAAGGCGUGGGUCAGGGUAUGGUUACGGGAAUCCGUGGGCUGUGUAAUGGUUUGGGUCCGGCCCUCUACGGUUUCAUCUUCUACAUAUUUCAUGUCGAGUUGGACCAAGUUCCAGAGAAAGACCCGGAUAUACAGCAUCACCAUGAUCACCACCAACAGAGUGCAAUAAUCCCAGGGCCGCCGUUCCUCUUUGGCGCAUGUUCUGUGCUGCUGGCGCUCCUGGUGGCUCUUUUCAUUCCCGAACAUCCCCAUAUGGGCACUCGUGCGGGCAGCUGGAAGAAGCCCACAUCACCCCACGGGCACCCACACAGUCCCCACCCACCCGGAGAGGCCAAAGAGCCCCUCCUACAGGACACUAACGUGUGAUUGGGAGUUUUGAUGUGGCCGUAUUGGCCACGCCCCUUACUAUUGACAAACGAACUGCGCAUGGAGGCUGUUGUCAUUUAUUGAAACGUAAAGCUAUAUCGGAGGCACGUUCAGUCUUGCACCUGGAGCUCUACCUUCCUGCAGAGUUUUGAACUCAGACGGGUGUGUGAACUCUGCUGGAAGGAAAGUCUCAAUGAUUAAGACUGGCCGUCCCUGCUGUAUCAUGAAUAGAGCACCACUUUUUAAAAGAAAUGUAUAUAUAAGAAGAUAUAUUUAACGAUGGUUCUGUCCAAAGGCACUAUUGCAAUGGCUUGUAUUUAUUCUUUUUAUUAUUUGUUUUUGCCUUUUUCUUUUCUUUUUACAUUGCUCUUUUUUUUGACUGUCUAGUUCUUCAUUACCAUAGCUCACUCAGGGACAUUAACCCGGUCAGGAAUGUUUCCGAACACAGCGUGUUCCCCUUAUCAGAAGGGCCUAGCGAGAACAUACUUGCAUACAUACAAACAACAGGCUUCAUUCAUGAAACUCAAGCAGAUCGAAUUUGUACAAAUCACUUGUAAAACUACUUGCAAGAAUUCACAAACUUAUGUUACUCAUUUGUAAAAACAUUCAUAAAAAUUUGAAAUGGAAAAACAAUGGUGUAUAUCGUUUCCUAAAUCUAUUUGCAAGAAUUUGCGUAGAAAGUCAUUCGUAAAACCAUUCGUAAGAAUUUCAGCUUUUUAGAGUUUGUGUAAAUCGUUCGUAAGAUUUUGAGUGGAACAGAUUGGUAAAUCAUUCAUAAAUCUAGUUACAGAAUUUGAGUAAAUCAGUCGUAAAAUCAUUUGUAAGAAUUUAUGCUGAACAAAUCGUUGGUAUAACCAUUCAUACAAAUUCGAGUUGAAUGAUUCAUGUAAACUCUUUACAAGACCAUUUUGUUUGUAUAAGAAUUUAAGCAGCACGAAUUUCCGUAAAACUUUCGUUGGAAUUCAUGAAAUUCGCUUGUCGUUCUUGAGGCCCAGUGACCUUUUUUUAGGGAACAUAACACAUAAUUGUACGGAUUUCCAAGUGAAUGGCCUUAACCGAGUUCAGUUUCAGACUUUGAGAAACAAACGUUGCAUUGGAAUGAUUGUGGUACGGCUUCAAAGUUCCUUUUUUGUUUGUUGCUUAUGUUUAAGCUGAUGCCUGUUUUCUUUAUACCACUUAGAAUCAAUGGUGCCUUCCCCAGCUUAAAUUGUGUUGUUGACGGAAACUGGUGAAUUUAAGUGAUGCUUGAAACUUCCAAUUGUGAGAUCUGAUCAGCAUCAGCCUUUCUUAUACAAUUGAGCGAGUUGAGUUUCGUAAAACAAUGGUAGAGCUGACUCUAAACCAAUAGUGAAACUGAAAUACAUGGCGUGUCAUUUGUCUGGAUUCGCUUUGGCCUUGUGUAGAAACAUUAUUUUACAGAAGUAUGUACGUUUACGCAAAACACUUCGUAAAUGCCAACUGACAAAGUAACAUUUGAGAAAAAAGGUGAAAUUUGCCAGUGGCCUUUCUAUAUUUUUGGUUUUCAUAGAGACAGAUGAAUGGCUUGUUUUAAGAUACAUCUGACCAAAUUUAUAUUUUAUUGAUGUAAGACAGAUGAGUUCAUCUGUAAUAUUAGUUGUGUGCUUUGGAUAUUUAUGAGAUGAUUUCCUGUAAUAUAUUCUCUUCGUCUCAGAAUACAGUGUGCUUUUUUUAUGUUCUGUGGUUUUGUCGUCAUUAUAAAUUUUAACAUGGUGUAUCGUUUUUUUGACCGACCAAUGUAAAUAUGUCACAAAGUAUCUAAACAUGCUUUACAAUAAAAGUUGAAUAUUUUGCUGUA